AGACGACGCAACAUUGCAGACGGUAAUGAAAAUGACUUCUGACUUCUGCAACGAUUGAAACAAGGAAAAUAAACUAAAAAUAAGCUCUCAAUCUAUCAGAAUUAAAUGUCUUGUGGGGAAAAGAUGCAGGUGAUCAGGCCCAAGUCUUCUAAGGGACGCAGCAGACCUAUGAUGGCAAAUUUUCAGAGGGUGGAAACAUCUGUCCAGCCUCCCACACAUUCACCUCAACCUCCAACCAAGUCAAAAGACAAGAUAAACCAAUGCCAACCUCAAGCUGUUCUGAGACGCAGAAGUCAACUGUAUACAGAGGUACUGGAUGAAAUCUUUGACAGACCCCUAGAUGAGCCUGCUUCACUGAACAGAUACAGGGUGCUCCCCUCCAUAGAGAAGAAAACAACAGGAAAUGAAUCAGGGGGUGUGGAGCGGAAGGCCUUACAGGAUCAUGGUGGCAACAGACACAGAAUAUGUAAGCACCAGUGUGUUUUAGGAAACCCAACACAAAAACAGGGCAAUGCAGGGAUGAGGAAUGUUUUAAAUAGCCCAAACCGCUCAGUUGUGAUGUCAAAGGGGACUUCAACAGGGAUCCUGCCCCAAGAAGAGCCAGACCUGGUACUUGCUAUCAGAAAUCCAUGUGGUCAAAGAUUCAAGUGCCAUUUUCAUCCAUCAGACAAGCUGCAGGUGGUGCUAUCAAAUGCAGAGGCUGAAUUUGGGGAGAAGUAUGAGAAUUGCAUAAUUGAGACCAUGGAUGUCCCACGUAGGACCUUUACAAACCUGACAAUGAACUUAGCUCAGUGUGGCAUCCUAAACAAAUCAGUUUUAUGCAUUUCCCAAGAUGACAGCAAUAUGGAUUUAACUUGAAAUAGAUGCCUAAAGGGACAAACAAAUCUUUCAAAUCAUUCUCAUUAUGUCAUCCCAAACCUGUUUAACUUCUACAGCAAAACACAAAAGAUGAUUUGAAGACAGUUGGUAAGAAAAUAACAUGACCAAUAAAUUUUAACUUCCACGUUUGGACAUUUCCAAAACCACCAGGACAUUUCUUAAAAUAUGUUUUGUGUUCCACAGAAGAAAGAGUCAUAAACAGUACAUGUUUUAAACAACAUAAGGGUGAAUAAAUGACAGAAUGUUUUAUUUUGGGUGACCCACCCCAUCAAUAAAUGACCUUGAUGGACACUCAGAUUCAUGGGCAGUUUGAAUUAGUCUGACUAACAUUUUAACCCAAGAUUCACAUUUCGCUAAUUUGAUAAUUGAGUAACUCUUGUGAUGUUCUUACUGUUUAUCUCAUCAGUCUCUUCAUUGUUGUACCUUAUGAAAUAAUAAACUUUGUUUUAACACCAUAUUUUUUAUAAUUUCUUUUCAAACCAAAUGUACCUCUGAAGGUCACUGUGAAUUGUGAUUGUAUA